AUGGACUCCUCUUCUUCGUCAACCUCAUCCCAACCCGGUCCCCAUCUCCACACCACUAAUACCACUACUACUACUACUGCAGAAGCUGUACCCACCGGCGAUACUACUUGUACAGCUACUGCCAAGAAAGAACACACGAAAAGCAAAGGCAAAGGUGGCCCAAACAAUAAUAAAUUCCGUUACAGAGGAGUGAGGCAACGCAGCUGGGGAAAAUGGGUAGCCGAGAUCCGCGAGCCUAGGAAACGAACCAGGAAAUGGCUAGGAACGUUCGCUACCGCCGAAGAUGUCACACGUGCCUACGACAGAGCUGCCAUCAUUCUUUACGGCUCACACACACAGCUUAAUCUCCAGCCCUGUGGCUCAUCCUCUCAAUCGUCGUCUUCGGAUAAAGGAUCUUCUUCUUCUUCAACCUCUUCGUCAACUUCUUCUUCUUCUACUCAGACCUUUUUCCUUUGCUCCCUCGCCCAAUUAAUAACCCCAAUUAAUGUUGAACAGAACUGA